GGUGCAAUGGGCCCUUACCGCAUCCCUGCCCCUCCCAGGAAGCCACCCGGGAGCAAGAGGCCCCAUGGGGGGUCAGGGCUGGAGCCGGAGCAAACCCUGCGAGGGAGCAGGUGACGCGGAGCAGGUGCUUCCCGGAUCCCAGCGCUGCCCCCCACAUGAUGGCGUCUCCCCGGAUCCUCAGCACCGUCCUGGCCCUGCUCAGCUUCCUGCUGCUGCUGGUGGCCCUGGGCUCCGACCACUGGCUGGUGGCCACCAGCCACCUCGGGUCCCUCCAUGAGGGGCUGUGGAAGAGCUGCCAGAAUUCGGUGUGUGAACAAAUUUCUUCAGCAUCAGUCUCUUUAAAGGUCACCAGGGCUUUCACACUGCUGGGCGUGAUCGCUGGGUUUCUUUCCUCCUUCGCUCUCCUCGCCUCGUUCCUGCGCUCCCACCUCGGCUCCUUACCUCUGACCCUGCUCUCCUUCCUGGGCAGCUUCAGCGCAGGGCUCUGCACCAUGAUCGCGCUGGCCAUGUACACAGGGGAGUUCGCUGGGGCCGUGAAUGCCGCCCACAGCCAAGUCACCUUCGGCUGGUCCUUCGGCCUCGGCUGGGCCUCCUUCCCCCUCUUCCUCAUCACUGGUGUGGUGACGCUGGUCGCCCACCAAUCCUCCUAGAGCCGAGUGGGGGGCCCGUGCUGGCCCCGGGGAUGAGGCCGGGUGCCAUGCAGGCCGGACGCAGCCUGCAGCGUCCUGGGACCAGCAAUGAGCCCCGCCCCUCCCUACCGCGGAGGCCUCUGCCACCCCCCCCCCCCGCCCUUAUUCCGUGGAGAUUAAAGAUC